ACAGAGCGCGGAGUACGGGAGCCGGGGCGUGUUUACUACACGUGUGUGUGAGAGAGAUCCGGAGCGGAUUAAAUACAGAGAGCGCCGUGUUCAGACCGAGCGGAGAUGAAGCGGAGCAGAGCAGAGCGUGGAGAGGAGGAAGAGGGAGGAGACGAGGAUCAGGAGUUUCUGGACCGAGUUCUGAAUAAGCUCUAUGAUUUCGGAGAUGGAUCAAAGGGAAAUCGAUCAAAGAAAAAGGAUAAAACAAGGAAAAGAGUUCCUGAUGAAGAUGAUGAGACUGCAGAGGAGUUUGGGGAUUCUGAGGAUAAGAUCAGUAGUAUAAAAGAUGCAGCAGAUCUGAAUCACGCAAAUGGAGCAAACCAUCCAGACUCCACGUCCAAAAGUCCAGCGAUAGCAUCAGAUGUAGAGAUUGUUACAUUUCAGGAUCCACUGAAGAAAAACAAAUUAAAAAGACCUGCUGAACUGGACAGUAAACCACCUCAAGUACAGGACAAAAAGAAAAAGAACCCAGAUGAAGAGCUAACCAUCGAAAAGGCCCGACUGGAGGUGCACCGCUUUGGAAUCACAGGCUUUCAGAAACAUCAGCAGAGAAUUUUUGAACAGGACAGGGCCAUUAUGCUGGGAGCCAGGCCUCCCAAGAAGGAAUAUGUAAAUUACAAAGUGUAUCAGCAGAUGAUGAAGGAGAAAAAGUUGAAAGAAAAAGAGGAGACGAACCCUGACACCACGGGAACGAAGAAGAAAAGUGGAAAAUCUGGAAAACAAAAGACAGAGAAGCGCAAGCCCAGCUCCUCAGGUGGCGAUCCAGCGGGACAAGUCGGACGAUUUAAGAAUGGCAUGCUGGUCCUGAGCAACAAAGACAUUCAGAAAAUAAACACCAAAGUGAAAAAGCGAUGAUGUGGUCUUCCCACAAUACUGACCAGCUGGAAUAUGACUGGGACUAGGACUUGUGCUCCACUGCUUGUUCUUGCUUCAUCAUGGGAAUAUGCAGUGUACAGCUGUGAAUUAUUUAGUGUUGUUGAAUAUGGGAACUGGAUAGGACAUGUAUGAUACAGACAGUGCAUAUGCAAUGCUAGCUGUCAAAAAAUACCUGUGUUAAUAAAUAUAUUUCUUCAUGUGUGUAUGUCAGAUUCAAAGUGAAGCUGACACACAUCACAGUUGGGAUGGUAUAUGAAACAAUA